AUGGGCGCCAGUGUUCCAGCUUUUGGUACUGUUUUCCUUCUCAUUUGCUGCUUGCAAAGUGUUCAAGGCAAACCACCGCAUAUUGUGUUUAUUCUAGCAGAUGACUUUGGUUUUAACGACGUAGGCUAUCACAAUCCGCGUUUUAAAACACCAGUCCUCGACAACUUAGCAGCCGAUGGCGUGCGACUGGAAAAUUAUUACGUGCAACCAAUUUGUACCCCAACCAGAAGUCAGCUGUUUUCGGGAAGAUAUCAGAUCCACACUGGUUUGCAGCACGGAAUAAUUUGGCCUUCUCAGGCGAAUGCAGUACCCAAGAAUGACACCAUUAUUGCCCAAAAGAUGAAAGAGAGUGGCUACAGCACCCAUAUGGUUGGCAAAUGGCAUAUUGGAUUUUAUAAAAGAGAGUUCAUUCCAACUGAGCGAGGCUUUGAUUCGUUCUUUGGUUAUUUGACCGGAGGAGAAGAUUACUACACGCACAAAAAUGGCGAAGGAUAUCCAGGGAAAAAGCAUUUUACGAAUCUUAAUGGUUAUGACCUCAGAAGAAAUGAAAAAGUUGCUAGAGAUGCUGCUGGGAAGUAUUCCACAUUUUUGUUUACAGAUGAAGCAGUGGAGAUUAUAUCUGCUCAUAAUGCCAGCACACCUUUAUUUUUGUUUGUGGCUUACCAAGCAGUUCAUGGCCCGAUGGAGGUCCCUGAACAAUACACAGAACAGUACAAAAAUAUAACUGACUUUGCUCGCCGCACUUAUGCUGGUAUGGUCUCAUGCAUGGAUGAAGGUAUUGGCAACAUAACUAAAGCCCUGCAGAAGUAUGGUUUGUGGGAUGACACAGUGCUCUUUUUCAGUACAGAUAAUGGUGGGCAGAUUUAUGCUGGCGGCAAUAACUAUCCUUUACGCGGCUGGAAAGGAUCGCUUUGGGAGGGUGGAAUGAGAGGGGUGGGACUUGUCUACAGUAAAUUGCUAUCUAAAACAGGUCAGGUGAGCUCAGAAUUGAUCCAUGUUACUGACUGGUACCCAACAAUUGUUCAUUUAGCUGGUGGUUCAGUUGCUGGCAUGCCUCUUGAUGGUUACAAUGUUUGGGACACUUUGAGCAAUGGUGCACCGUCACCGAGGAAGGAGAUCCUGCAUAAUAUUGACCCCAUGGAUACUGACUGGAACACUGGCCAUGGUCACUACAAAUUCUGCCGACAAGCUGCCAUACGAGUAGGUGACUGGAAACUCUUGACUGGUUGUCCAGGCAAUGGAAGUUGGGUUCCUCCUCCUGAAAGUUUCAACCCAAUUGUUGAUAUUUCACCAAAUCUGCAAGACAACAUCAACAGCACAUUUCUGUUCAACAUACGUGAAGAUCCAGAAGAGAGAAAUGAACUAUCUGGCAUAUAUCCAGAUAUGGUGUCUUCUUUGAUUCAGAGGCUCAAGGAUUAUAAUGCUACUGCAGUUCCUGUGCAUUACCCAGACCCAGAUCCUGCAUCAAAUCCUGAGCUGUAUGGAAAUGUCUGGACACCUUGGGUCCAAGAUAACUAA